AUCAUCACAACAACCAUGCGCUUCCUUCUGCUAUCUCUCUUGAGUGCCCUGUCAGUCGUCACGGGCGCUCUGCCUGCUCAACAAGCUCCUCUCCUUCGCCAUGCUGCAGACAAUCGCACAGUCUCUCCAGAGCUAUUCUCUGACCUAGAAGAGCUCGCGCGCAUCGUCGAUAUAUCUUAUUGUGUAGGUCUCACUGGUAUAGGCAUAUCGAAGCCUUUCAAAUGUCUCAGUCGCUGCUCUGAAUUCCCCGAUUUCGAGCUCGUCAAGCUGAUGUCCGACUCUUGCGGCUACAUCGCCUUGUCUCAUUCACAGUCAAAUCCUCGCAUCAUUGUUGCAUUCCGUGGCACUUACUCUAUCGCAAACACUGUUGUCGAUCUCUCAACUGUCCCUCAAGAAUACAUCCCCUACCCUGGUGAUCCGGACUCAGCAGCUUCAGAAGCUAGCCAAGAGAAUUCAAAGACCCCUCGCUGCAACAAUUGCACUGUGCACACGGGCUUCUAUCGUUCUUGGAAAGUGGCUUCCUCUGCCAUCUUGCCAGACUUGGAGGCUGCCGUCGCAGCAUACCCAGAUUACGCCCUGACUCUUGUUGGUCACUCCCUCGGAGGCGCUGUCGCUGCCCUCGCUGGGCUAGAACUCGACUCACGGGGCUGGAAGCCGACUGUCACUACUUUUGGCGAGCCCAGACUUGGAAAUGCUGCCUUAAACCAAUACCUUGACCAGCAGUUCAACUUACUCAACUCUCCCAGUGAAGCCUGGGCAAACACUUUCGAUGAGCGACAAUUGCGUUAUCGCCGUGUCACGCAUAUAGAUGACCCAGUACCUCUGCUACCACUUACAGAAUGGGGCUAUCGUAUGCACGCUGGCGAAAUCUACAUCUCCAAGUCUGCCUUGAGCCCCGAUAUCCAAGAUCUUCAACACUGUGCUGGUGAUGAAGACCAUCGGUGCAUUGCUGGUCAAGAUGGCAGUCUGUCAACAGAGUCGACUCUUGCCAUGCACGAUGACCUGAGAGCUCAGGUAAAACGCUCAGUCGACGACCUUGCGGAUGAGCGCGAGCUGGAGAAGCGGGCUGUUGGUUCUUGGGUCGUGCCAUCUCGCUACAAGUUGUGGCAGUUGUUNUUCUCCCAUCGGGACUACUUCUGGCGUCUUGGUUUGUGUGUUCCUGGCGGGGAUCCUUGGGAUUACAAUCGUAGACCGUAUGCACCGCUCGACGGUAGCGAACAGGAGUCGACCUGA